AUCAUCGAGUCAUGGGGCAUCGUCGAAACGAUGAGCCUGUGCCGCGUGUGCAACCACCACCAUGAAGAGGGGGUGAGGUGCUCGAUCUGUGGACACACCGGCAAGAGCAAAGUGUUCCAGUUCCUCAAGGCAAACCGACCCAUUAACCAGUUGCGCUUCGUGUCGUUCCGUGUCAAUGGAAACAGCGACAAUCCAUGCAAGGGGAACUGGUGCUUUGCGCGUCUACUCCGCGAACGGAAUUUUGGCACGGCUUCCACAGGUCUCUUCGACGAUUCCGAUGUGAAAACGGCCAAUCACGUCCUCACAUUUGUUGGCGAUGCCCCCGUUGCCGCUGCACGGUGGGGGUGGGCUGUAGAGAACGGGGUAGAAAUCGCAGUCAUCGACAAGCUAGGAGUGGUCGACAUUCGACGACGCCGCACGUAUGGCACGUACACCUUGACCAAUAUCAUUGAGGACAUCAAGGCAAAAGUAGCGACAGAAAGUCGAUUACUGUAUGCCAUAGUCGCCCACGUUCCACACGACCCGACGCAUCCUGCAUGGAAGACCUUCGUGAAGUGCGGGUUCCAGCCGAUGGGGGAACCCAUCGCCAUCGUGACGAGUCCAGACCCGUGUGCAAAGAUGGUGCUGCGCUGUAGUUGAGCGGCGUGGCCUCAUCAACUUGUGUCUGCGCAUUUUCUAAAUAUGGAGUCCAUCUACUAUGUUGCAUAGAUGAAGCAUUUAAAUGAUUUUGAUUGAAUUGCAUACAAUUUGAGAAUUCAAUCAUCUAUUUCUUGC